GCCCCAGUUUGGGAACCAGUGAAGUACUGUAAGAUCUAAUUGGGAGUUUUGUUUUCCCAGCAGCCAACAGAUGUCAGCGCUGAGCUCUGUUUCAUGCUCUUCUGCUGGCAAUGAUCAACUCUCAAAAACUGUUUUGAAAUGAAGUUUACUAUCCCUUGAAAAAAAAAAAAAGAUCAAGAAAUAAGAUGAACACCAUUAAAAGCAAAGAACAUACUAUAUGUUCAUUGGUGAAUGGACUGAACAAAUCCAGCCAACACUUCUGUGUGUGUGUGUGUAAUCUCUCAGAAGCUGAGAGGAGAAUAGAGGGACAUUUGUAAAGACAGGCAUAGAGGACAGUGUGUGACAGUCACUGCCACAUACUGACUGAUGAAACAGUGUGUGUGUGUGUGUGGGACAUGGUUAAUGUCAGCGGGAGUCAGUUUGAUAGAGUCAUCUUGUCUUGAAAGAUGGGAUUUGAACACUCACCAACUGCUGGCUCCUCCCCCGUCCUCUGGCUCAACCAGCUGUGCUGUCUCAGUGGACGCUGAGCACAUCACCUCUCUGUCAGUGUCAGCUCUCCCCGGGGUCCUCUACUAAGACUCCUAUGUCUCUAUCUUUCCAUGGAAAUCAACCAUUUUUUUUCACAGUUUUUUGCCUUUAGCUCCUGAUAGAUCUCCGUAAGGACGACAAGAACUCUUUUACAAACCUGAAAAAACAACACCUGAACACUGAGUUUGAUGCUUUUAAAAGGAUUCAGAGAAGAGUCAUCACCAUGAUUUGGAAAUACUCAACUUUACAAAACUCAGAGAAAACUUGUUUUGAGGAGCUACAGAUAUUUUUCAAAAUGUAAAAGUUGUUGGGAUGAUGUCUGAAGGAUUCUCCGGCCUCAUUACUGAACAAUGGGGGAGUCUGGAAUACAGAUGUGUACUUUCACUUUGAAACCUUUACUAUGAAUCAUGGAGGAAAACAGUUCACUUCUGAACCCAGAGUACAAUGACAGCACCACCUCUUGGGCCCCGAUGCCCUCAGUUCCCAGCAGACACCUGGGCACCCUCCCAAACCCGCUGACACGCUUCAAGGACCUGACAGGGAUGUUUUUCAUGGUGACCCUGAAUGUCCUGGCGCUUCUAGCCAACACCGCUGUGCUUGUUGUUGUCAUAAAAGCCCCUCAUCUCAGGAAAUUUGCCUUUGUGUGCCACCUUUGUGCGGUGGACCUGCUGUGCGCCAUCGUGCUCAUGCCUCUUGAGAUCGUGUCCAGCUCUCCGUACUUUGCCGGCAUGGUGUUCACCGUGCCGGAGUGUCAGGUCUACGUCUUCCUCAAUGUAAUCCUCAUAGCCUCCUCAAUCUUCACCAUCACGGCCAUCAGUGUGGAGCGUUACUACUACAUCGUCCACCCCAUGCGCUACGAGGUCAAGAUGACGCUGAAGCUGACCGCGGCCGUGAUAGUGAUGGUGUGGGUGGCUUCUGCCGUGCUGGGGCUGUCCACCGUGUUCGGGUGGCCGUCCUACGGCAGCCGGAGCUCCAUCAGUGCCGCGCACUGCUCGCUGCACUGGAGCCACAGCGACCACAGACGAAUCUUCGCCAUGUUCUUCGGUGUCAGCUGUUUCUGCGUGCCUGCUGUUGUGAUCUUUGCUGUUUACUGUAAUGUGUACAAGGUGGCCCGUGUGGCUGCCCGCCAGCAUGGACCCCUGCCCUUGUGGACAAACAAGGGCAGGACUGACUCAAUAAACAGCCAGACGACCAUCAUCACAACCCGCAACGCCCCGCGUAGGAUUAUGCGUGACAGGCCUUUUGGCGGAGGGAAAGCCGCUCUCACUCUGGUGGUUAUUGUUGGCCAGUUUCUCAUCUGCUGGCUGCCUUAUUUCGCCUUUCACUUCCAUCUGACGCUAGACGCAACACCCAGGGUUCCCGACGAUCUGGAGGAAACAGUCACCUGGCUGGCGUACUCCUCCUUUGCUAUUAACCCAUUUUUUUACGGGCUUCUUAACCGGCAGAUCAGGGAGGAACUUUGUAAGCUGAGGCGCUGCUACUCAGCCCGGCCGGUGGAGCUGGCCAUCUCUAGCCACGAGGGCUCAGGCCACGAGAACUUCCUGCAGUUCCUCCACAGGACCAGCUGCACGGUAGAGACACGGGCAAGCUUUGCCACAUCCAGUCCUAGGAGCACUCUGGAUCAAACUGGGCAGACUGGUUUCAAGUUACCAGGACAGAUCCCAGAAGAGUUCAGUUAGAUAUAUACCUCACUGUUGUGCCACAGCAUUAGUAGCCUGCAGGACUAUCACAGCUACAAGAUUUUAAAAAAGUGAUCCACAUGUCUAUUUAAUGACUGUCUACAAUAUGUUUGUAAACUAUAUUUGCAUACAGUAAAAUAUACAGCAUCAAGAAAUGAAUUGAAUUUAUGAAACCUGUUCCUUUUAUCUAAAGAUUACACUCAGAAACAAUACUGGAAUAGAAAGUGACAUAAUUUCUUGAGUUAUUGUUACUGUGUUUGUGGUAAAACUAGUAGCGAUAAAGUUACUAAUCUCAUAAGGAACACUUUGUUUUUACUAGCUACUAAAGCAAAGUUACUUAUCAUUGCUUUGUUAAAAGGUAAUGAACACAAAUAUCACAUACUUGAAUAGUAAAUCAUCUACAGGUAAAUACUAUCUCAGAAAUGUCAUUCAUUUUUCACAAGUUUUCAAGACUACUUGUUUUUAUAUGCGGUAUCAAUAUAGCAGCAAUAUUCUUUGUAUAAGUGAUUCAGUGUUGUCAUGUUGUGUGUGUGUUGCAGGAAUUUGUGUGAACUUUAUUUAUUGUAUAAGAGACACAUCACUUUUUUUGUUCAAAAAUGUAUCAUUUCUUAUUGCUUUAAAUGUGCAA